UUCUUGGAAUCUUCCUUUUUAUAUUUUUAUUUUAUUUUAUUCGAGUCAAUUUUUUCUCAGCUGGAUCUUUGUUUGUGGUGUUCUGAUGUUUACGCUUGCUAUUAACUUAAUUUUUUUAUUGAAUUUUUUAAACUGCUUGUGAACGGUGUGAUUUUGGACUGACCAAAAACAGAAAUAGAUUCUUUCUCCAAUAUUUUAAAUUUUUUGUAUUAUUUUUUACAAGUUGGUGGCGAGGAGAGAAUUGGGUUUAAAUUCGAUCUGAAUUUCAGUGGUAGAACCAAUUGUUUUUAGUAAUUUGGGUGUGGGAGUUUAUAUAAACCUACUUGCAGAAGUUCUGGUUGAAGAAGGAAAGACAGAAUGAGUCAGCCUAAAAUUAAACGCCGUGUCGGUAAAUAUGAGGUGGGAAGAACAAUUGGUGAGGGUACAUUUGCAAAAGUGAAGUUUGCAAGGAAUUCUGAGACUGGGGAACCUGUGGCUCUUAAGAUCCUCGAUAAAGAGAAAGUUCUCAAGCACAAGAUGGCUGAACAGAUCAAGCGGGAGAUUGCCACAAUGAAGUUGAUAAAGCAUCCCAACGUUGUUCAAUUAUAUGAGGUGAUGGGAAGCAAGACAAAGAUAUUUAUUGUCUUGGAGUUUGUAACUGGUGGAGAGCUGUUUGACAAGAUUGUAAAUCAUGGACGGAUGAGAGAGGAUGAGGCACGGAGAUACUUCCAGCAGCUUAUUAAUGCUGUUGAUUAUUGCCAUAGUAGAGGUGUCUUCCACAGGGAUCUUAAGCCUGAAAAUUUGCUGUUGGAUGCUUAUGGAAACCUUAAAGUUUCUGAUUUUGGAUUGAGUGCUUUGUCCCAACAAGUCAGGGAUGACGGCCUCCUUCAUACGACUUGUGGAACUCCAAACUAUGUUGCUCCUGAGGUUCUUAAUGACAGAGGCUACGAUGGGGCAACUGCAGACUUGUGGUCUUGUGGAGUGAUACUCUUUGUACUGCUUGCAGGGUACUUGCCUUUUGAUGAUUCUAAUCUUAUGAACCUAUAUAAAAAAAUUUCUGCAGCUGAAUUCACUUGCCCUCCCUGGCUCUCUUUCGCCGCCAUGAAAUUAAUAACUCGUAUCUUGGAUCCCAACCCUAUGACUCGCAUAACUAUUCCUGAAAUUCUGGAAGAUGAAUGGUUUAAGAAAGACUAUAAGCCCCCAAUUUUUGAGGAAAAGGAAGACACAAACUUGGAUGAUGUAGAAGCUGUUUUUAAGGAUUCAGAAGAGCACCAUGUGACAGAGAAGAAAGAAGAACAGCCUGCAGCAAUGAAUGCAUUUGAGUUGAUAUCUUUAUCAAAAGGGCUAAACCUGGGGAAUUUGUUUGAUGUAGAACAGGGAUUUAAGAGAGAAACAAGGUUCACAUCUAAAUCUCCUGCUAACGAGAUAAUCAAUAAAAUAGAAGAAGCAGCUAAGCCUCUUGGUUUUGAUGUUCACAAAAAAAAUUACAAGAUGAGGCUUGAAAAUAUGAAAGCUGGGAGAAAAGGAAACCUUAACGUGGCCACUGAGAUAUUUCAAGUAGCGCCUUCCCUUCAUAUGGUUGAGGUGCGAAAAGCCAAGGGGGACACUUUGGAGUUUCAUAAGUUCUACAAAAACCUAUCGACAUGCCUUGAUGAUGUGGUGUGGAAAACUGAGGAAGAUAUGCAAGAGAUGAAGUAGAGUUUGAAGAGUGGUGAUUAGUCCUUCCUCUGAUGAUGCUUACCUUGUUAAAUGUUCCAUAAAGGCAUCUAUAUCUUCAUUCUUUUUCUCCAAUUCCUUUCUUUUUUUUUUUUUUUUUUUUGGGGGAGGGACCAUUUUUCUUUUUGUGUUAGAUUAGAGAACAUGGAUUCACCAAUUGUUUUCCGUGUUAUUGUUGUUGGAAAGCGUGGAUGAUUCCAAUAGAGAUGGAGUUGUUUUUCUUAUUAUCCCGGAUCUCAAUAACGAGAAAUUGUUAUUAUAAACACUUGUAUAUAUAUUAUGUAUAUAUACUUUUUAUAUAUUUGUGGGAAUGGCCCUAUUUCAACUCA